CUGCUGCUGCUGAUGCUGGCUGCCAUCUUGAACAGUGCUCUGUGGUGCUCCGCUUUCAACGCUAAGACAGCCUGACAUGAUGUUCGGCCGCGAACGGACCGUUAAUUCAGCGUGCCCACAUCGCUCGCCGAAGAGUUCAUCCCAUCUGAGUCCCGCUGUCGGCGCCCUACGACUGUAACGUUUUUAGGAACCCCCUAAACCUUGUAAGCAGGUGGAGAAAAAAAAAAAUAAGAGCCAACCGCCGCUGUUCAGAUGCGAGGCACAGUUCUCAAGUCACGCUGAUCGCACGUUGAAUCGCCGUAGGCCCGUUAAAACUUGGCUUAUCGCGCAAUCGUCAGCCUCAGCUGCCUUUUUGAAGCUGCAGCAUCAGAGAGCCGUCAUUUCGAAAAGCGUGGUGACCAGAGAGGACUGGAGUGACCAGCGAACACCGCUGUUCUGUGCGUGCGUUAGUGUUUGUGAACUUUUUCUUUUUUUCCAAUUGCGCCCAUUUCUUCGUCUUCUCUCGUUCGUUCCAGUGUGAACGGCUGUUUUUGUAGGCCUAAAAAAACUAUAAGCAGAAAAAGAUUUGAGCGUGCUCUGAGGAAGUGGCUUUAGAGGUGUGUUUUUUUGACGUCCCGUGUCUUUCUUAGCCACUACGCUCCCUCGGUGGACCGACUUGAGGAUUUUUGUGACUGUGGAGAAAAUGUGUUCGUAAACUUUUGCAGAGAACGCUGUCAACGUUACCAAAGAUUCGUUUCGAGAGAAAAAAGCACGCUGCUCUCCGAGCCCACUUGAAAGGUCUGACGCUUCGGUGCUAAAUCGUGAAGCGCGCUUGAACCUCAGCCGCUUCGUAUGAUGCGUCUAAACGCGCUUAACUCUUCACCUUGCGGUUGAAAGCAAAAAACCGAUCGACAGCCCGCCGAGACUGAGUGCCCGAGAAAAACUCCUCCGAUCGUCGGCAGGUAUUACGGAAGCAACCGAUUCUCAAAGCCAGCCGUCACCAUGUUCUGGAAAUUCAACCUGAUCACCACAUCGCAUGUGGAAACGCUGCUCAGCAAAGAGAAUGUGACGCUGAGAGAGCUGAUGGACGAGGAAGACAUUCUACAGGAAUGCAAGGCACAGACGAAACGACUCAUAGAAUUCCUCGUGAAACCAGAAGUCAUGGACGAGCUCGUCGACCUGAUCACUCACGAGCCGCCAGAGGACGUCGACGAAAAGAUGAGAUACAAGUACCCGAACAUAGCGUGCGAGAUCCUGACGUCCGACGUGCAGCAGAUCAACGACACACUUGUUAGGAGCGAGACGCUGAUGGCCAAGUUGCUUGGCUUUCUCGACAACGAGCCACCUCUCAACCCCCUGCUGGCCAGCUUCUUCACCAAGACGGCCGGGAUCCUCGUCGCACGAAAGGCUGACUCUAUGUUCUACGUGUGCAUGCAGAAGGAGAACUUUGUUCCCUUGCUGCUGAAGCACAUCGAGACUUCGGCUAUCAUGGACUUGCUCCUAAAGUUUGUCGCUUGCACCGACAGUGAAGCGUUGCGGGCUUCCAUCACGCAGUGGCUGGACAAGGCGCAAGUGGUGCAGCAGUUGGUUGCGCUGAUUGACCCCGGCUGCUCUGAGGAGAAGCACAGCAAUGCCGCGGAGGCGCUCUGCGAGAUGAUCAAACUGAGCCGCGAGCAGAUGUCGUUGCUGCAGGAGAAGGCACCGGCAGACCCACUUUUGGAGUCACUUGAAUCGACGGAGACGGUGGCUGCACUUCUGGAGCACAUGUUCUCUGGGGACCGAACGUGCGAAUCGGUCUUUGUCAAUGGCAUCUCUGUACUGCUGUCAUUGCUGGAGUUUCGAAAGCAAGGGCUGGCUGGUCAGCAGCAGCAGCAGCAGCAACAGCAGAACAGCAAUAACGCCGACGGGCCCAACGGCGGGGGACUUGGAGGCGGCAGCAGCGGAGGCACCGGCAUGAUGCAGAACGAGACGGCCUGCUUUGCUUCCCUCUUCUUCCGCUCGGAGAAUGCGGAGCAGAUGACGGCGCUCGACGUUGAGCGGCUCCGUGCCGGCGUGGACAAAGUGCUGGCCGCAGUGCUCCCGCGCCUAGGAGACUUCCUCAAGCUACUCAUGGACCCACCGCAGAAAUUAUGCUGGACGACGACAUUUGGUGUGCUGGACCCGCCACUUGGACAGACGCGCCUCGAGGUUUGCCACUUGGUGAAUGCCCUCAUAAACUCCAACAACGACGACGUGAACAAGAAACUGGCAGAACUGGGAGCCCUGCCUACAAUUCUUGACCUGUUCUUCGAGUACUCGUGGAACAACUUUCUGCACACGCAAGUGGCGCAGUUGGUGAGUGCGGUUAUUAGUUCAGCGCACUCGCUCGACCAGGAGGGCAACAAAGUGCACCCGCUGCUAGAUCAGCUGCUGGGAAGCUGCACGCUGGUGCAGCGAUGCCUGGACGCCUGGGACGCCAACAACCUUGAACAAUCACAACCCGGUAAACACCGGCGCGGCUACAUGGGCCACCUGACGAAAAUCGUCAAUGACAUCGUCACUGCAGCAGAUGGCGGGAACAACUCCGAGAUUGUGCGAGAGAGGUUAAAAGACCUUCCCGAGGACAUGCAGGGACGGUGGAAGACGUUUACGACGGAGACGCUUGUAGAAAUAAACAAGAAAAACACCGUAUCGUUGGGCGGCGGAAUGCCCAAUGUGUCCAGCACGGAUGAGGACGAAUGCAUCGAUCUUCGCGACGUCAGCUUCCACCAAGAAGCAGCACUUCAGCAGGUUUUCCCAAGGUCUGUGCAGCAGGCCUUUUCUGAUUACCAGAUGGAGCAGGUGACCAGCAACUUCGUCGAGCAGUUUGGCUUCAACGACGACGAGUUUGUCGAGGCUGACGAAAACCUCGUCGGCCAGCUCGACCAAUUGGCGAGAGCAAACUUUCAGCUCCCGCCCGAGGUUAACAUGCAAAGUCAAGCUGAGCUCUUUGAGCGCAUCUGCCGAGAAAAGGUUCAGACAUUGGACGACGCAGAUAGUGACGACGACAUCUGGGACGACAAGGAAGUUGUCCUUUCACCAGACACGCGUGGACGCAGGAGGUUGACUGACGACAGCGAGGAGCCGUACAGCAGCGACUCGGACGACGAGAAUGGCCCGCGGCCCUCUGCCGUCGCCACGUCAAGCGAGGAGGUCAAGAUGGACGUUGACCAGGCGGCUGAGCAUGACGCCACAGUUGCCAUGGACACUACGAGUCCGUGGGAGAAUGCUGCGACCUCGAAUGUUGAUUCUGGUUGGGCUACGUUCGACAACUUUGCCAACUUUGGCGCCGCCAACUUCGAGGCCGCUGCAGACACGACAACUCCAGCCAUGCCAGUUGCCAUGGAAACGUCGGACCAGGUGCCGUCGUCACCUGCACUCGAGGGUGCUGCAGCUUCAUCGCCACAGCCCUCGAUCGAGCCGGAUUCGACGAAAUGCCCCGAAGUCACUCCAGCGACAGUGCCAGCGAUCGUGCCAGAGAUUGGUGGCCAUUGUGAGCCAAGUGCAGCCGAGCAAAAGCCCACGGUGGAGUCAACGGUCGGCGACCUCCCCAAGGCUGAGUGCCCCGACAGCAGUGCGCCGAAGCCUUCCACGUCCAGCUCGGCCGUCAACUGCAUCGAGCUCAACUCAGCGGAAGUCAGCUCUUCGGCAGACACGAGCGUCCAAGAAAACCGCGUGCCAGAGCCCAUAGACGGACCUGCCGACUCUACACCUGCCUGCACGGACAGUGGUGAUGCGUCGAAGCCGGUUGCCAUGCCGACCUGUGCCAACGGCCCCGUGCCCUCUUCCGUGGAGCCGCCAAAGACCUGCAGUGCUACGCAGAUAUCAACGCAAAGGCUAGAAGACUCAAGCAAGGCCAACGGCAGUGGCACAAGUGCCGACGAGGUCGUCACGGCGACCACCACCACCACAACGGCGGCGCAGCCGGCGCCAAGUGCGGCCGACGGCACCGACCCCUCUGCCCCGACUACAACCACGAUGCCAUCGACGACGGCGACGCUUCCUCAACCGCCAACUCAACCCCAAGUGCAGAAUGGACCUCUUUGAAACAUUUAGAAAGUCUUGCUGCUGCCUCAGUGGAAAGCGAUUUUUUUUUAGACCUUAUUCCUCCGGCUGUAAGUUGGGAAAGAAACCAAGAAAAGGACUUGCACCAUGUGCCGGAGUGAAGAAAGAUGGUGUCGUGUUCUGGACUUGUUUGCGAAGAGGACACAUGAGUUUUUUUCUUUGUCAUUUUUUUUCUUUCCAGCCAUCCCUGAUGCAGGUUCAAGAGAUAAUCGUUUCGUUAAUGUCUUCUCUUACUCUUUAAAAGUAUGCUUGUUUUCUUGCUUUUUUUCUCUUUUCUUUAUCCCCUCUACGCUUCCAGUAGUCACUUCUCGUGUGGUUGCAUCCUCGCGCUUGUGGUCUUGGAGGGGACUGGUGUGGCGCGGAAGCAUGCAGCAAAAAAUCUUCAUCUCUGUUCCGCCGCUGCCGCAGGGAGUCCGCAGCGGCCAUUCUAGUUUCAGUACAAUGCGCGGUUACCGCUAGCACUAAACGAAUUAUGUGCCGUGGAGUUUUGUUCUUUACGAGCCGGUGUUCCAACUUCCCAUCUUCUUCCAUCGAUCCGGGAAGUACUGUGUCAUAGGUUGCAAGAAUAACAAUCAUAUUUAGCGGCGCUUCUCACCUGAACGUGGGAAAUGACAGGUGCGCUGGGGAUGUGUGCUGCGUUCAGUAUCGCAUGGGCUGCUUUAGCUUAGAGUUUGAGAAACAGCAACUUUUUUUUUUCUUAAUUUGUGCUUUCGAGCUUCUUUUUGUGUGUGUGUGUGUGUCGUGUGUGCAUACAGACUGUUCUGUAGCCUGUCAGUCACAUAAUUCAUCACUCUUUUGUCUUUGCUAGUUGCCGUAGUGUCUUGGGCCAAAUCUGAGCGGAAGCGAGACUCGCUCCAAUACGUUGCAAGGCCGCUUUGGUUAUCACCAAGUCUGCCGCCGUUCGAAUGUCGUCACCUUUCUGCGUUUUGUUGAAGCUGGCUACUACAGUGCGCUUAAAUACUUGUUUCGCUUUUCCUUUUACUUGCCGCUGUCUUCUUUUUCUAUAGGUUACAUGACUCCGCAAUUCACAUUACUAGGACACUGGGGCACAGCUCACGGCAAGAUUUUGAGAAAUUUUGCUUUGUCUUAUGAAAGGAUUAUCUUGUAAUGUAGCCAUUUGUUUCUAGCGUCACUUGUUCUUUAUCGACCCUCCCUUGCAUCUCGCAUCAGGAGCGAUGUGUGGUUGCCGUUACGCUGUUGGCAAAAAUAUUUCUUGCCUUCCCCAUAUCGGUGGCAAAGAAAGUGGACGUUUCUCAAACUUGUGUUUCGGGAAGAACAGCCAACUCUCGGCACUCGCUUAUGUAGAAGUCAUCAUUGUCGCGGUCGAAAUUUGCCCGCUCACUGCUGAGAGUCUCGCUGUGACCAGUUGAGCAGCCAGCAUCGGAAAGAGCGUGCCUGUUGAGAUGCCGCCGGACAAAUCGGUCACUGUGCUGGAUUCCGUUGGCUAUGCAAGCAAAACACUGAAGUGCUGGAACUUUUUUUUUUCUCAAAGUAGGUGCUGUGGCUGGAGGGCACUUCAGUGAGGAGGUCGCCCGCUUUCUCGAACAGAACAGUUGUCGAGACAUGCGCCUGCUCUUGGUUGCGCGUUUUUCACGCAAUUGCGAGUUUCAAGCGUCUCUGCGAUUGCGUUGCGACUACAGGUACGACGAUCCCGAUGCGCCACUGAAAAAAAACUACGGUGUCUGCAAGCCUUGAUGCCAUGUUUUUUGUUCUUUUUUGCUUUGCCUCAUUCACAAGGGUGACUAGCCUCUGCACUGCACUUAGCUUUUGGAAGCAGCCGCAUUGGUAGGCGCAUGUAAAUAAAAAGUGUGUGCUGUGCUCGCAGGCCUCGAAAUGACUCCGAAGCAGCCUCCAAGGUGGCGCUGUAUCUUCUAAAGGGAACGUUAACGCGACGUUCCUUUUCAAGGUGGGGUCCGAUGCGGUAUCGAGGCAGCGUAGACUUCUAGGAAUUGUAUACAGGGUGGGGUAGUAGUCAUUUUACAUUGCACCACGAGAAGGAGAGUGUUAAAAAAUAUAUAUCGUGGUAAAAAGCACGAAAUACUUGUAAUGUCUGUGGUUUUCAUUAGAUGACCUCUCAAUUGCUUUCACUAGGUUUCAGUUUCGCUCACUAGGUGGACAGUGACGGCUUUGCCACGAUGCACGACACCGAGAGGAGGUCUCUGUGUGGUAGGGCACCGUUGAUGGCGGUGGCAUUUUGUAGUGGAGCUUAACGUGGUGCAGGCAUUUUACAUUUUUGCGUGGAAGAGGAGAUACGGUAUGGUGGCUGAACCUUGCGUGUUUUUGCAGACUUUUUUUUCUUCUCCUCAUCCCACUCACCUUACUGGUGUAGGCUAAGAGUGGCAGAAGCUCGAAAACAUCACGUUUGCGCGAGUGUUAGAGGUUGUAGCGGUCUCUCUGUCAUAAACCCCAGCCUUCACUACUUUUGCAGCCGCCAGGGGGACAGGCUAGUGUCGUCCCCUGGCGGUCAGGCAUCAACCCUCGCUCCUUACUGGUGUAGGCUAAGAAUAGCAAAAGCGCGAAAACUUCACGUUUGUGCGAGUGUUAGAGGUCGUAGCGGUCUCUGUCAUAAACCCCAGCCUUCACUACUAUUGCAGCCGCCAGGGGGACAGGCUAGUGUCGUCCCCUGGCGGUCGGAGUGAUAAGCUCCUUAUGGAGUCAAUUUGGGUGGGGGCAGUGAGCAGUACAGGCGACGAAGUGCCUUCCGACGGACCUUCGAGAGUGAAACUCGGUAAUCUGAUCAAACUUUUGUGGUUGUUCGUCACGACAGGAUUUUUGAGCGCCCUAUGGGGGGAGAAAUGUCUCCAUAAAAAAAAAAAAAGCCGGCAUGCAGGUUGCUUGCGGUUCUUACGUACCUGUGCUCUCUCUACACACGGUAGAGCAGUGCUUGAGACAUGCCUUGGGCGAUCGGGAUUGCUGUGCGCGUCGCUGGCUUUUCAUUCCCCCCUCCACAA